UUGUUUUUUAAUUUGAUUCUAUUCUAUUACCGGUAGUUUUGUUUUUGUUAAGAAUGUAAGGGCACUUUGUUGUUAAAAAUGUAUUGAAUUUUAAUCUUGGUAAAAGACUCAAAUCUAUGUUUUGGAGACUGAACAAGACUAAUAAGGGAGGUAAAGCCUUUUAUUUUGAAAUGUUAUAAUUCCGGAUGUUUAGGUAGUGCCCUUGAAUGAGACAGGUGCGUCAACUUGAGUCCUGUCAAUCCUGCGGACACGCUGACUGACGAGUUGUAACGCAAAAGACUUAAUCAUCGGUAAAAUCUAAUUUCCAUGCAGAUAAACUUAGUUUUUUUAUUCAUGAUUUAAUAUUUAACCAACGCACUGCUCAUCAUGAGGGGAGAUACAACUACGGAGAAUGAGGCGGAGGACCAUGAAGGAAGUGCAGCAGCAUCAGGAGAAAGAAGACCUAGUGUUGUGACGCUGCAGAAUAUGCUGAAAAAGGUUUCCCAAAGCCCUUUCCAUAAUCAAUUCCAGACUCCUGUUUCAACAACAUCUGACUCCAGUGGAUCAUCUGUGAACAAGUCUGAAAACAGACAGGAUAGCGAGCUUCUUGGCCAUCUCUCAGCUGCUGCUACCGAUAUGACGGACAACCAACAGCUACACCUAUCGCAGAAUGUAGGGCAGGAAACACUCCGUGUAAAUCCUCAGAAUGGAGUCAAUGGGGGUUUGGCCAGAAGUAACCCCUUCUAUACGCAUUAUUUGGAAUCUGGCAACAAUGGGAGCAAAACCUCACAAGAAGUAAAACAUGAUACCAUCUUCGGCCCUCCAGCUGAGUUUCUGAGUCCUGAAACGAAGACUGUGGAAAGUGGAGAUGAAUCUUCUGAACUUCCAAAGGACAUUUUCGAGGCCCUUACAAGACCCUUACCCCCAGCCAGAAACAAACCUUCAAAUGGCCAUUUUAAUGACGUAACCGUGAACUCCUCAGACUUAUUUAAGCCAAUCCCACCUCCCAAAACGAACCUCUCCAAAACUUUGCCGUCGAAAAGCUCUGACCUGUUUAAAAAUGAUGGGGUCAGUCUUUUCCAGGCUGCUAAAGGAGAGGAUUCACUCCAUGCUGGAAGCACCAAGGAGGUAAACCUCUUUGAUAAAUCGCCCAGUGGGUUCGUAGAUCCAUUCAAAUCUGCAUCAACCAAGGAGGAUGAUCCCUUCUGGUCUCCACAGCCAACGAAGGCCAACCCUUUCCACACCGCCACGACCAAAGGAGCAGAUCUGUUUCAAGCAGCUCCGACCAAAAGUGGGGAAAACAAACAAGAUCCCUUUACGAAAGAGGACCUGUUUGGCACGUCGUCUUCUAAGGAAAAUCUGGAUGUUUUUUCAUCUUCGUCCACAAAAACGGUCGACCCGUUCCCAAGCCCGAUUCAAAGGGAUUUUUUUCAAGAAGUUUCCAGUGUGGGUGACCCAUUUGCUCCCUCAAAACAAGACGACCCUUUCAAAGAUGUUUCAAAAGGGAAGUCAUACAUCUUCCAACCACUUCCCUCCAAGUUCAACGGCAAGGAUAUAUUUGGGAAAACUUCCAGCGAUAGUGCCUCAAAGCCCGCUUACACUACACCUUCACUCGACAGUCCGUCAGAAACCAAGCUGGACAUGCUGUCGUCUCCAGAUUUCCUGAAGGCGACGCCAGCAGAAUCUCAUCCAGACGUCCCACCAAAGUCUUUCAACAAGCCACAAGAUAUUCUUCAGCCGUCUCCCUUCAGUCGGGCCAGGAAUCUGUCCAUGACGCCCAGCCAAGCUUCAGCUGAAAUGGCUCAUGUGCGGACCUUCAAACGUCCGCCGAGGCCUCUUCCAAGAACCAGACCACCAAAAACUGAAAAGCCGCCUCAGCCAGAUAAGCCUCCAAAACCAGAAAGGCCGCCCCCACCAGUGAAACCUAUCGAAUCUGAACCAGCUCCACCAAAAACCUCUCCGAAACCAGCCUUCAAACAACUCCCAAAACCAGUUGUUCCCCGCAAACUAAAAACUCUGGAAAGUAAACCGGUUGAUUCGGACGACUCUGCUGUCUUUGAGGACGUUCUGCUGAUUGGACAAGAAUGUUGUGUUGAAGACUGGCCUGAAGACAGCCCUGAGCUUAACCCUGACUUCAAACCGUCCGGAACAUUAAGAUUACGGCGUGAGUCAAUGAAAAUGAAGGUGGACUCUGAUGGAGGAAGUGGUGAGGACCAGGACGGCUCUGGGAUCCAGGGCAAGAAGGACAGAAAAUUCAGUUUGUCCCGUGUUUCCAGAAGAGGGUCAAAGGAGAAGUUUCCGGAUGACACAAAGGAGGGGAGGAGCCGGACACUAUCCACCUCCCGUAAAUCAUCAAAGGAGUAUUUCUCCGAGUACAACAUGUCUGCAGAAGAGAAUGACGAUGGCGAGCAGUACGGGCUGGAUUACAAAAAGAAACAUUUGAAGACCAAAGUCAAUCAGCUGCUAAGAAGAGCUUCUACUUCUUCAUCCAUGUCGGAGGGAAAACACAUGAACGGACAUUUACCACAAGAAUCCAAGCAGGAUGAUGACCUCAAUAAGAAAAGUGCCAAGAAAAACUCCGUCAUACGCCGAUGGUCCGAGGGGGUGGUUCUGGACGACCAAUAUGAUGAGGAGCAGGAGGAAGAGGAGGAGGAAGAGGAGGAGGGAGGAGGAGCGCAGCACGAAGAGGUUGACGGCAGUGGAUUUGUAAGCUUUUACUUAUACUGAAACAUUGUAUCAUGCACAUUAAUCACAUUUAAAGGGAGAACUGUAUUUAAAUCUGACGCAUUCUGGCAUGCUUUGAUUUGGGCAAUCUAAUCUCCUCUCUCUCUGUAGAAGAGUAAAAAGAAGAUGAAAAUCAGGU